AUGAUGUCGCGUGAAAUAAUUCUCGUCAAUUAUCAUUUUUUAUUAUUUAUCUUUGAUUUGGUACCAUUACGACAUGUUUCAACAAAGACUACUGCUGCUGAUAUUGACAUCAGAUAUCAUAAUGCAGAUCAGUCAUCAAAUAUACAUGAAGUAGAAUGUCCACGUGGUUGGACACGUUACGAACGUACCAAAUCAUGCUUUCAUGUAAUCGAACAACGAAUGCGUUGGUCUGAAGCCGAACGAGCAUGUGUUAAUUUUGGUGGACAUUUAGCAUCGAUUAUGGAUGAAUAUGAAAAUAUGUUUGCUUUUAAUGUAGCAAAGGAAGCAAAUUUGUCAACGCCAACAUUAUGGUUAGGACGAUUGGUAAAAUUAACACAAACUGGUGCAUAUGAAUGGAAUGAUGGUACAAUUGGACGACAUGUAGAUGGUUUUCGAGGUGAAUUACCAUCUGGAACAGAUUUAUGUUUAACAAUGUGGCUCGAUUUUGAUCGUCCAGAAGGAUCCUGGAAUGAAUGGGAUUGCAAUUAUGCUUCAGGUUAUUCAGCACUCUGUAAACGUUCACUGAAGAAAACACCAAUUACAACAAUUGCAAAACCUAACAUCCGAUCCGGUACUGAUUCCGGUUUAUCAUAUCACAGUCGUAGAUGUUGCUUGAUUUCAUCAUCGUGUUAUAAUGCAAGUCAACUAUGUACAUCUGUAGAACGCUGUAUUCCGGAUGACUUAGAUUGCUGGACGAAAACCUGUCCCGACGGUGGAAUUGUGGAUCUCGAUUUUAACCAGCUUUUCGAAUUUCUGGAUUAA